UGAUCGAAUAAGUCCACUCUGCUUGUUAAUCUAGGGCUUAAAUAUUGGAUAUAGCUUUUCAAUCACAACAGCGCCCAAUAAGGAAGAAAUUUCGUGUUAUAAUAUAUGUAAAACGACAGAUUAUGACAUUGGAAUCCUCAACAAAACCUAAUAUUAAUAGAUGCCUCAAUUCUUUUUAAAUCAUAUCUCUGUGCCUACAAUUUGCUGGAGAAUUUUGAAUGAGCAAUAUUAUAUCAUUUUUGCAGCAACCCUAGAUACACACUUUUUGAUUACGUUUGUUGUUAGUUCUAAAGUUCUUACCGGCCUAGCUGGUUGUGAUAUUGCUUGGACGGUCAAUGGUUGUGGUUUGACAGGCUUAGAGAAGUUUUAUUUCCUUAUCACUGUUAUGGAGAUCUGUUCAAUCAUAAUUUUUGGUCCUUUUUGAGUUUGUGAUCUUUGAUUUCAAGUUUCAAGUGCUGAUAUUCUUCUGGAUAGAAAGAGUUUGAAACAUCUUGGUGGGAAUCAUGAUUUCUUAAAUUAUGUACAAGAUUUUGAGAGAAGUUUUGGAGUUUUCAACAGCAAACAGAGUAGCCUAUCUCUAAUUGAGAGUUUUGAUUCUUGUGGAGUUUGGGGACUUUCAAAGGAUAGCCUCUGCAUAUGUUUUUUUUUAGCAUUAUGUGUAGACUUUAGGCCUCUUUCUGUCUCGAAAUGAUCCAAACAUUUGAGCAAGUAUCAUCAUAAAGAUGGAAGGAAGGGCUGUUUCAGAGAUGUAUAGAAACGCAAGUGAGGAGCUAUUUCUUAAAUCUUGGGUGGAAAACUCAAUCGGAAUGUCGACACCAACCAUGGAGAUGAUGGGAUUAAAGAAUUUUUCUCAGAGCUUUCGUACAGAUAGUGAGGAACUCUUCAAAAGCUGGUUAACAAAUGGAGAGAAUGUUAACAACUCAUCAGGCCUGGCUUAUCGCACUCGACAGGCAUCAAGAAGAAUUGCCUCUGAGUCUGUUGAACUGUCUAGUCCUCAGUAUGUGGCAAAACAUCAAAAGAGAAUAAGCAAUGAUAUAUUGCAUCCACAAAGUGCCUCCGUGGCUGAUGAUGUCGCAGGAGCUAAUCAACAAACUUUCAGGGAUGUUGUUGAUGGUGAAGUGCAAGGUAGUAACCUUUAUCUUGCGAAGGCAUGGUUCCAUAGUUCUCAACCUAUGACAAGAAGUCGAUCAUCUGAGCUAAGGAGGAGGUAUGCUGCAAUGCAAAGCAAUCAAAGCUCAUUCGGUAUAGAGUCCAUGCAUGACUUGUCAGGGCAUGGAGCCAACGCGAUGAAACUAGAUAUCACAAAUUCACAGAGUUUCAUUGACCCUUCUACUUGUGAGAUUCCAAACCAGCCUGUUCAAUUUGUAUCCACAUCCAAUUCAUCGGCAUCAAUGUUCAAUGCACCAAACAUGUAUGAUGUAGAUCAAAUUUCUUCUGUUGUAAACAUGCUAAAGGGCACAUUAGAACGGAAGAAACUAAAUAACCAGAUUGAAAAAGUGGCACCGGAGGUUAGUUCAAAUGCACGUUUUGGCAACCUUAGUUUCGAUCGAAGCAGUGACAGUUAUAUACAUCAAAUACCGAACAGUCUCGAGGAAUUUUCUACUGUUCAAGUCGUGGAUAAUAGAAUUUUACAAACGGUUGAGGGAUCAGCAGAGCUCGGUUUCGAUGCUUUCGUAUAUCCUGUAAAUCCCAUUCAGUCAGGUAGAGUUUCUCAAGAACCUUCUCAAAGUGAAUCUUCUGCUGCUGCAGCAGUAGUUUCAUCCGGUUUUGAGGCGUGUGAUGGUCUUAGCAACUCAACUCUAACUCAUAGCAACGGUGCAAGCUCAAGGAAACAAGUUGCAGGCAAUCAGAGUUUAGAAAAUGGAUCAUCACGAUCUAAAGUUUCAUCCAGUGGGACAGCAGACUUCAGAGAAAGAAUAAUAGACAACUUAAAAGAUGAUAGAAAGAGGAGGAGUGUAAUUCGUUACGGGUCCGCAACAUCAGCUGCUUCAGCAGUGGACAAAGGAGAUCCCACAAAGAAACGCCGGGUGGAGCGAUCACGAAAAAUGGCAGAGGCGAAGGAGAGGAAUAUGACACCAACUAUUCCAUCAGAUAUGCAAUCAGUUCUGAAGCGGUGUGACAAUCUUGAGAAGGAAGUGCGGUCACUAAAACUCAAUUUGUCCUUUAUGAAUAGGAAGGAUUCUGAGCAGACUAAGCAGAUAGAGGAUCUUCAGAAGCAGAAUGAGGACUUAGCAGAUGAAAAAGAAUGCCUACUUGAAGAGAUUGAGAAGAUUCUCUCAGAAACUGGAAGAAUCUGAGAGUUUUAUUGUCUUAAUUGGACUGAAACACCCUCCACCCAAAUUAUGUCAAGGCAUAACCAAAACUUCAGAAAGGGUCUAACAAUUAUUUGCAUUAUUGGUCUUGGGAGUUCACAAGUUAUCUGCAACUCUCAGAAAGUUCACAAACAGAUUGUUAAUUGGUUGUGUAUUACUUGAGAUAUAUGUAUGAAUGUCCAAAAUAUUCAGUAACCAGGGACAGGUACUGACAGAUGAGUGUAUUUGGUUUCAAUCGGCUCGCAUACUGUAAAGCUCAAAAUCUGUUGUAUUUUCUUGAUCAAUGUUUUCUGUUUGGCAUAUAUUGAAAUGAAGACUGACAUUGUUUGAGUCC